CACAUUUGGUUGCAGAUGCCAGUCCAACCCCGCUUCUUUCCCUUCGCCGCGGCGCGAACACGUUUAUAUUUUAUCUGAUAAUUCAUACCUGACAAAAACAAGCUUUUCCGAAUUAUUUCACUUCCCAUCAUAAUUAAAGGCUGUGUGUCCGACUCGAAAUGCGUCUUGGCAAAUAACCAUUUUUAACUGGCGUAGGAGACACUGGAGUCUGGAUACGAUUGGACUGUAAACAGUCUGCAGCAAAACAAGCAAGGACAUGCAGGAGAGAGGUCAUUGAGGAUGAUGACAACAGAAGAAUUAUCAACGGCGAAGUGGGGGAUAGAAAGAGACUGAUAUAAGAGGAGGAAGUGGAACUCCAAAGUGCCUACUGUGCCGGGUUGUCCACUGCUGCUGGUUAGCUGCUGUCUGACUGCUGGACGAGAUCAGGUCUGGCUCAGUGUGUGUUUGGCCUUGAGUGGAGGCUGUAUUUUAUCCUGACAGCCACAGAGUCAUCCAUCCCACGUUGCUGAGCUGCAGCCCCCACAAACGCUGAGCCAAGCCGCCACCUUGUCUCAUCAGUGUGAGGACACCUACCCCUAUAAGGUUCUGCUUUUUGUUGUUUUUUGAAAUCUACUUUGUCAGACUUUUUAAAACAAAAAAAGCCCCACAGUGACUGCCUCAGCCGUGGCCAUGUUGACGUAAAGAUAACAGUGACUUUCCGAAGCUGUCGGUUGAUUUAGGUAAAGGCACAGACAUUCUGUGACACAGCCAAGCAUGCUGGAGUGAUGUCCUCAGACUAGUUUAGGUUUUUUCCUUUUUUUUUUUUGAGACGGAGCUGGCCUCUGCUCACAGUCAGCCCCCUCUAUCUCAUCGGCCUGAAACUUCAGCUGCCACUUUUCCCAGGAAGAACUAAUAAACAUCCCCUAAAAUAAACCACCCAAAAGGACUUGCUACCUUUUUGCACAGAGGAGAAAUAUUUUUGGUUCUGUUUCCUCUCCAUUUUGCUGGGGAUUUUUUAUUGCAUUACGAUUAGUCACUUUUGCUCUCAUUAGACAGUUUUCCGUCCAUCUGUCUCCACCGCUGCUCAGUGUUGUUGAGGGAUUCUGAUGGCUAUAAGCAUGAGCAUGGGACGGGACACCAAAUGGCUGACCCUGGAAGUGUGUCGUGAGUAUCAGAGAGGGACCUGCUCCAGGUCUGAUGUGGAGUGCAAGUUUGCCCAUCCUGCCCGGAGCUGCCAUGUGGAGAACGGCCGUGUCAUCGCCUGCUUUGACUCACUCAAGGGGCGCUGCACACGUGAGAACUGUAAAUAUCUGCAUCCACCUCCACACCUGAAAACUCAGCUGGAAAUUAAUGGGAGGAACAACUUGAUCCAGCAGAAGGCUGCAACAGCCAUGUUGGCUCAACAGAUGCAGUUCAUGCUGCCUGGAGCGCAGUUACAGCCUAUAACAGCAUUCCCAAUGACGCCUUCCCUGGCAACCAGUCACAGCAUGGCGUUCAGUCCUUAUCUGAGCCACAUGGGCCCAGGCAUGGGCUUCAUGCCUGAGCUGCUGCCCAGUACUCCCCUGCUGGUCCCUGGGAGUCCCACAGGCCUGGCAGCCAUGGGCAACGAUAACUCAGCACAAAAACAUGUGCGCACAGACAAGCUGGAGGUUUGUCGAGAAUUCCAGCGCGGUAAUUGUACGCGGGGUGAGAGCGACUGCCGCUAUGCUCACCCACUGGAAGCUGGAAUGGUUGACUGCAGCGAGAACUCGGUCAUUGUCUGCAUGGACUACAUUAAAGGCCGCUGCAGCAGAGACAAGUGCAAGUACUUCCAUCCCCCAGCUCACCUGCAGGCCAGGAUCAAGGCUGCACAGCACCAAGCCAGUCAAAACACAUCCUCCACAGCCUUAGGUCUGCCUCCAGGCGUCAUGCAGCUUCAAAAGAGACAGAUUUUAGAGAAGAGCAACGGCGCUGCUGCUACUGUCUUUAACCCAAGCAUGUUCCAUUACCAGCAGGCCCUUGCUAACAUGCAGCUUCAGCAACCAGCUUUUGUCCCCACUGUUCCCAUGAUGCACGGUGCCACCACCUCCACUGUUUCGUCGGCUUCGACCCCAGUCACCAAUGUUUCUUUCGCUGAAUCUGCCGCCUCCAAUCAGUAGACCCAUCAGAGCUUCUGACACCUGAUCCAGUGGAGCUCCAGUGCGUCCCCAUGGAAACACAUUUCUGCCCCGUCUCCAAACUGCUGGUGGCGGCUCCAGUGGCCCUAAACUCAGUCAGCCUUUCCCGAAACCCCAGUUAAAGCCCCACACUAUCAGGGGGGGGGGGGGGGGGGCGGUCAUCUUUCUGAAUGCAGCAAAUAUGUGCCUCACCUACAGCACACACUGACAAAGUGAGUGACAAAGUGAAACUUCUUAUAAGAUUGUAUUUAAAACAGAAAGCCGCGAUGUUUCACGCAAUACAAGCCUGGGCCUGUUACUGUUGCUGUCAAACAACCAUCUUGAUGUAGAGUGACGUGAUCAGGCUGAGCAAUAGAGCUCCCUCCUUCUUACAGCCAUGCAUCCCCUUACCUUAAAGUGCAGCAGACAUAUGCACACACACACACACACACACACACACACACACACACACACACACACACACACACACACACACACACACACACACACAGACUACAGGCCCUUUAUGGGUUGAGGCCAUCGUCUGUUCCAAAGUCAGAAACUCUGAAAGUGAAUUCUGGAAAAUCAGACUAUUUGGUUGGACCUGUCGCUGGUCUACAAACAUCAUGUGUUGUCAAAAUGAAAGAGUGUUUCAUAUAAUGUCAUGUUUACGUUUCAAGUUUGGCUACAAAUGUAACAUUUACGUCGUGUCAUGUCCAUCAUUUAGCCUGUUCUCUUCGUCUCAUAUUGCCUGAUGAGUCAUCAGUGAGUCAUCGUUAAUUUCUUUGUGCCUUUAAUUUAUGUGCCCAGCUGCAGAGAAGACUUACAUUUGAAACAUCGAUUAAAAUAUGUGGUUAUUUACUCCCUGAAGGCAAUAUCUAUUAUACAAAAAGUCUGUAUAUGGCCUAUAGCUCUUACUGUAAGAAAGUCCAGUCAUCACAGUUGUUGCUGCUUUAAAUGUACCGGUGUGUUUUUCCCAAAAAACGUUAAGUAUGUUCAGGAUUGUCUUUUGGUUUUAAUAGUCAGUAUGUGAUACUCGAUCUAAGCAGCAAAUAAUGAGUUUAUUUCCAUUUUAUGCAAAACUUAUCACAAAAUUAGGAUUCAGCACCUCUUUGCUAAAGAGGCGCGAAAAUGAGACAUUUCAAGGAUUCUUCAUUUAAGAAAAAAAUACUUACAGACGUGACGUUUGUUCUCUUUGAACACUGAUAUUGAAUAAGAAAAGUCAAAUUAUUACAGUGUUGAAUUUCCGAUUGUGUUUAAUGGAAGUGAAGGGUAGAUGUGGUUGUGAUGAUAGAAAGGAAGGUUUAUUUAUUUAUGGCCUUUAAAGAUGUAAAAUAAUGAUAAUCUGCAGGAGAAGUCUUGUUUAUUUCAUAGUACAACUAUGAAUCAUGGCACAAACCCACAUUUUCAGUGUUCAGUUCAACUGAAAUCAAAUUAAAGGUGAAAUCAACAAGUUCACUUUUAAAACGACAAGCUCAUAUCUGAUGUAGGAGUUCUUGCACAAGACAGAAGCUGGAUUGGUUUCCUGAUGUUGUGCCUAAAGUCAGUGUGUGCCAAGAUCGGCCCUGUUUAAUCGGAUACCUGAAUAGUACCUUCAAAUAAAUAUCUCCCUCUCAAAUGAAAGACAUAUAUAAAUGUGGUUUGUGUAAUUGUAUUCUUUUGUGCAGCUUUAGGAUCGAAUAUGUGGCACAGGAGGUUUAUGUUUCAUGGCUCUUUAGGGAGAAAGCUUCGAACUUGAACACGUCCUGUACGGCUUUCCCAUGUUUCGACUUUUCUACCGAUGUGUGCAUUUUGUCAAACUCAGACAGAAUAUGGCAGCCAUGGUGUUAUUACAACAACCAAGUUCUGGUAAAGCCUUGAGCUGGAAGAAUGAUCACGUGUUGGAUGACUGAUUGUUAAAAUAGUGACAGACCAGGUGUCAUUUUGGUUUCCAAAUGUCUGUAAGGAAUGCUCUGUGGGUGUGACAUAUUGACAAAAAGGCUUUGGAAACUUGACUUAAAUUAAUAAUAUCUAAAUUCAAAUGUGCCUCUUUCAAGUCUCCUCCACCACUGUCAAUACACUGUAAGAACAGACCAGUGCUCAAAGCUAGAUUUAAUAACAUUAUUGAAAUGAUAUAUCACAUCUGUACUAUGUAAUUCUCUGAGACAGCUGUGCUGUCUUAUGGUUUAUGUACAGAAUUAAAUUACUGAGUUGUUUGCAUACAUAAGUGUGUCAAAAGAGAAAUGUAUCACAUCUUUGUUUAGUUUGAAAUGCUGCUGAUGUGGUCACAGCUGCCCCUGAGAAUAGUUCAUUUUAUACAAUGUUGUGUAUUGUGAAUAUAUCUAAUGCAAAAACUCUGGACAUGCCCCUCUCAAAGACAGGCAUUUUGAAAUGUAAUGACAUACUACGUACAUAAAGACUAUCUCUGAGGCCACAUAGGUACCAUGCUGAUACUGUGUCAAGACUUAUUCAAGUAUGUGUAUUGUUGUAUAGGUUUAUAUUUAAUGUUGAUGGAUGCUGUGAAUACUUUUGCAAAUAUCUCUCACACUCACGUGCAUUGUGGUACCAUGUAUUGGUAGUCAGUUUUUGCACCCCUAUUUUGGAAAGUGCCCAAAGUGCACCAAUGAACAGUAGAAUAAUCAUUCGACCCCAAUUGUAAAAUACUUUUGAGCAUUUGUUCUGUUUUCCAUUUCCAUUUUGAAAUUUCCAAAUUUAAAAAAGUAACAAUUCAGGGAGACAAUCCAGCAGGAGGAGCAAGUGUGUAAUCCAUUCACUGGCUUCUUAAUAAGAACACUGCUACAGUAACAGUGUGCAGUGGGGACAAAUAGGAAGGUCAGAUUCCUGGAAUUUACCCCGAGUCCAUGCGGGUGAAUGUUUGCUUCUUGUUAACAGUCUUGCACCCAAUUCAGUGUGCCACAGUUACUAUAGCAGCAGACCCUGAUCUUCAUGUUAAUUUAGUAAACAUUUUUCCUGCAAAAGUAGAGACCUCUUAUUCACUUUUUCAAAUUAAUUAUGUCCUUCCGUUAUUUAUGUUUGGCUGCUUACCUGCCAGAAUGUAGAAUGAUAUGAUUGAUAUAAGCUAAAUUGACAUGUCUCCUUCCUAUGUAACAUUUUAUGCAAAAUGUCCAGUCUUAGAGAUAAAUCUUUAGGGUAGAUGUGAUCUGGUUCAAGGUCUUAAUAUCUGUGCAAAACAUAUGAGAGGAACGCCUUUCUGAUCCAACCCUUAAAACAAAAUGAACACAUGCAUAACAUCCAACAUUUCCUUAAUAUAUAAUUGUUCAAUUAAAAAUUAGGUAGCCUGUUUUAUUUUUGUUAUUGUACAUCGCUAAAGAAACAUACUUUUUUGGUACAGAAAUAUACUUCUCCUUAACCUCUGUUUUUGCCAGGUUUAACUGCUUCAUUUCUAUAUUCUUUGAAGAAUUUGGAAACUUUUCUCCCGCUCGAUGAAAUAGUGAUUGUAAGAAUGUCCAGACAUGAUUAGUCUGAAUCUUAUAGCUUUUAAAGACUAGCUUUGUCCAGCCAAGUUAUCAUCUAGCCUUGCUCUCUUUUCCCCCCUUUGACAUCAUUUUGCCUUCUGACUGCUGGAAAAAAAAGAUUGUGCCUCCAGUGGGCGUUCAAUUUUACAUUUAGGGGUAUGUAUUGAUGCACAGGAGCUUAUCAGUGAGGGGGAAUUAUGUUUUGGCACCAGAAAAUCGUUUUUUUACCACACAGACAUGAAUCAUUAGUCUGAAAUAUGCAGAAAGCUCUGGUCAUUGUGUGCGAUGAACAGAUCCUUUAGCAUGCAGAGGGUGAAUUUUUCUCCUGAGCAUACUUGAGUUGCCCCGGAACAGAAAAUGGACCUUAUUCUCACUCACUGUUUAAAGAUUUGAUAGCUGAAAAAUCUAUAGUUAAAAGUGAAAUUCAUUAAUGGUCAUUUAAGCUUUUUUUUAAUGUUACAUAAAAACACAGCAUGGAAAUAUAUUUAAAAAACAUUUAUACAUCAUAGAUAUAGUUUGUGUAGACCAACAAGAAAAAAUAGUAUAAUAAAAUCAUUUGUAUACAAUGAUGGAGUCAUUGUUAAUGGUAAUAGUUGCUGUUGCUAUGGCAACAAAAUGACAACAUGGCUACCUUUCUAUUAUCCUACUUGUGAAUUUUUUCACAUCCAUUGAAGUGACAUAAACACUAACUUAUUCAAAAAGGGAAUGUCUAAAUUAUCUUGUAAAUGCGACGCAAUUAAUAUUUUGUAUGAAAACUUAGGUCCUUGAUAUAUCCAAAGGUCCUUAGGGGAGAUCAGGUGUUAAUUUUGUGUUGUUUAUUUGACCUUAAUUUUUUUUGUUCUUGUACAUGGUGUUUUUGAGAUUUCAGAAUGGAGUUGGGCUUCUAAAGCCAACACCUUUAUGUAAGGGAGGUAAAGAGGCUUUUGGACCAUUGAAAGAGCUUCAUCUUCUCCUGUUAACCUUACUUAUAAAUCUUCACUUACCUGGAUGGUCCUCGGUCAGUUUCCUGUGUGACAAGGCGUGACCUUUAAUUUGUGAGUUCUGUUUCAGUUUGGGCCAAGAAGGUGGUCCAGAAGCCUCUUCCUGCCCAGCUGUGCUGGGUGAUGUCGAUCCUUGCUGAGGUGUAUACGAAUGUGUAACGUUCACCUUGUUUGCACUUAUGUACAUAACUAUGUUGAAAAUACUCUAAAUUUAUUUUGAAUAAAUAUAGAUAAAAGAGAUGAUUUAAAAAAAUCACAUCAAUGUAUUGUUUAUGAUAUGAGUAUGUCUGUCAUUUAAUCACAGCAGAAAAAAAUUGCUUUGUCCUUUUUUUUGUUUUUUUCACCAGAACCCUGUUAUUUUCAUAUCAUUGACUUUGGAAGACAUGAACGACUUGAUAAAAAGCUUUUUAUGUUCACGCAUUGAGAAAACUUUGUUUGAAUUAUACGUCAACAAGAAAAGUGGAUUUGAGGAAGUAGUUUAGUUUAGAAUAUGUGAUAUUAACCAGUGCUAACCUUGACUUUAUAUCUACAUCAUGAAUACACUUCUUCAGGUGCAGUCACGUCAGUCAGGCAGGCAGGAAGAAGACAGAAAAAGAAGAGCAGUUGUGUAAAUCACACUUUUGAGGGACCUCAUUCACCGGGUUAAAAAUUAACUUUCAUUUUGCCAUUUUAGAAAGUGGGCUGUUCUUUGCUCCUAUUAUUUAAUUUUCACAAAACAAUAAUAAAUCUGAAUUCUCCUCAGGACUUUAGCCAAAUUGCAAACAACCUGGUUUUCCAAUGUUACUCCUGCAGCAGCAACAUCCUUACACAGCUCUGUUCCUUUACAUUUGAACAUUUGAUUCCUCUUAAUUGCAAUUUAAGCCAGCAAUUUUGUUGCCAUGGCACUUGUCCUAGUGGUUGAUGGACUGAGUCAUGCUGGUGAAAGGGUUCACAGCCCUCUGAUUCCACAUGUGGGGAAAAGAACAUGUGGUCAGAGUGCACUUAUUAAACUGUGGGUUCCCAGUCACCCACAAGUGAAUGGGACUGAUUUUAUUUUAAAAUGUGUUCAUUCUUUCCAUUUGUUUAAAUGAUUGAUUUGUAAUUGUGCCUUUAUCAUGCAAAGUGUGGUUUUACUUUAAUGUUCUUCAUUUACAUUGACUUUAAGGGCACACAUAUCGUGUGUCAAACUUAUCCCUUUAUUAAAAAUACUUUUUUGGUGAAUUGUUAUUUAACUGGGUAAAUAUACAGACAGAAUGGCAACCUGUGGAAGAGGAUGAGGGCCAAAGACUGUUCAGGACUAAGCCAUAUGAAAAACUGUCUUUGAUGCUCGAGGACAGACUUAAAGUGACUGCUGUCAUUGAUCCUUACACUUGUUGUUUUCUUUUUUUUUUGUGAUAGAUCUUUUAUUAUUUAUGUUCAAACAUUGUUACACUUGUUGUUUUCUGUGUGUGGUGCUUGUGUGUGCUGCUUUGCCAAUUUAUUUUGCAGUGUAUAGUUAUUAAGAGUAAGUUACUGUGCCUAUAAUGAGUUCUGCCAUUUCUGUUUGAUCUUUAAUAAAACACAUUAUUGCGA